ACACGGCGAGGAUAAAGCAAGAUGGCGUCUGACGGUGAAGACGUUAUUGCAGUCGUCACAGUUCAGUGUUCUUAAUCUGUGCCUCCAUGUGCACAUAUAUGUCCUUUAUUACACUCUAGUAAAUAGAGUAAACAUCGUUAAUAACUGUUUGCAUCCGGUUAUAUUAGUCUGAGCGCACUUUGAUGCUUCUCGAGCUAGCUUAGCCUGCUAGUUAGCUUAGCUUGUUAGCUGCUAACAAAGAGAGGCGGAAGUGAUCAAAACACAUCACUAAGUAGAGAUCAAAUGUGAGUGUAAAGUGUUGUGAUUGUGUGAAAAUGUGCCAAAGAACCAUAGCAGAGUACAAAGAGGAGCUUUGUCCAACAAAAGAGCAGAAGGAGCGACAACAUGAAAAACCUCAAGUUGUGUUACACAGAACAGACAUCCAUCAGCUGAUGGAACACCAAGAAGAAUGUCUCCCUCAUCUGCAGGGGGACAGUUUCACACAUCCACAGCCCUCACAUUUUAAAGAGGAAGAGGAGGGAGAGUGUCCUGUAGGGCAGGAGGAGGCUGAUGUCAGCAAGUUUCCACUGACUGUUGUCUCUGUGAAGACUGAAGAGCAUGAAGACAAACCACCUGAGUCCUCACAGCUUCAUCACAGUCCAAAUGUCCAGCAGCCCCCUCACAUUAAAGAGGAAGAGGAGGAUCCACAGUCCCCACACAUUAAAGAGGAAGAGGAGGAAGUGUGGAUCAGUCAGGAGGGAGAGUGUCCUGUAGGGCAGGAGGAGGCUGAUGUCAGCAAGUUUCCACUGACUGUUGUCUCUGUGAAGACUGAAGAGCAUGAAGACAAACCACCUGAGUCCUCACAGCUUCAUCACAGUCCAAACGUCCAGCAGGUGUCAGCAGAGAGUCAAGAAGAGAUUCCCUCCAAACAGCAGGAGUGGAGCUCCAGUGUGGGACAGAAGGAGCUACAGGCCCCCUCCCACAUUAAAGAGGAAGAGGAGGAACUGUGGGAUCAGCUUCAAAGGUUGGAGGAGGCUAAUGAUGAAGAUGAAGCUCAGUCCUUACAGCUUCAUCACAGUCAAAGUGAGGAGAACAGAGGGGCGGAGCUUGUAAGUCAACACAUCACAGAAGCUGAUGGAGAGCAUUGUGAAGAUAUAAAGUCAGAACCAGACAGCAUCUUUGCUCCACUGUCAGACAUGGACCACAUGAUGUCACACUCUUCUGAUCACAGUGACCACAUCCAAAAACCUUUGGAGAGUAAAAAUGACUCCAAAGGUGAUACGAGACAUCUCACUAACAACAAACACUUGGACUGCUCUGAAUGUGGGAAAUCAUUUAGACACAAGAGUUAUAUUACAAUACACAUGAGGAUACAUACUGGAGAGAAACGUUUUACUUGCUCUGUUUGUAAGAAAAGUUUCUCCACAAAGCAACACAUGACCACACACAUGAGAACACACACUGGAGAGAAACCUUUUACUUGCUCUGUUUGUAAGAAGAGUUUCUCCGUUAAGCCUGCCAUGACCAGACACAUGAGAACACACACUGGAGAGAAACUUUUUACUUGCUCUGUUUGUAAGAAGAAUUUCUCCAGAAAGUCUAACAUAACCGAACACAUGAGAACACAUACUGGAGAGAAACCUUUUACUUGCUCUGUUUGUAAGAAGCGUUUCUCCACAAAGCAACAUAUGAUCACACACAUGAGAACACAUACUGGAGAGAAACCUUUUACUUGCUCUGUUUGUAAGAAGUGUUUCUCCAGAAAGCCUGACAUCUCCAUACACAUGAGAACACACACUGGAGAGAAACCUUUUACAUGCUCUGUUUGUAAGAACAGUUUCUCCACAAAGUCUAACAUGUCCUCACAUAUGAGAACACAUACUGGAGAGAAAUAUUUUACUUGCUUUGUUUGUAAGAAGACUUUCUCCACAAAGCCUAAGAUGUCCGCACACAUGAGAACACAUACUGGAGAGAAACCUUUUACUUGCCCUGUUUGUAAGAAGCAUUUCUCCACAAAGCUUGCCAUGACCAGACACAUGAGAACACACACUGGAGAGAAACAAUUUAGUUGCAAUGUGUGUUGUGAUUGUGUGAAAAUGUGCGAAAGAACUAUAGCAAAGUAUGAGGAGGAACUUUGUCCAACAAAAGAGGAGAAGGAGCGACAACAUCAACUACUGGACGCUGUUUUCAAGAAACAUCAAGUUGUGUUACACAGAACAGACAUCCAGCAGCCUCCUCACAUUAAAGAGGAAGGGGAGGAUCCACAGCCCCCCCACAUGAAAGAGGAAGAGGAGGAAGUGUGGAUCAGUCAGGAGGGAGAGUGUCCUGUAGGGCAGGAGGAGGCUGAUGUCAGCAAGUUUCCACUGACUGUUGUCUCUGUGAAGACUGAAGAGCAUGAAGACAAACCACCUGAGUCCUCACAGCUUCAUCACAGUCCAAACGUCCAGCAGGUGUCAGCAGAGAGUCAUGAAGAGAUUCCCUCCAAGCAGCAGGAGUGGAGCUCCAGUGUGGGACAGAAGAAGCUCGAGCCCACUCAUAUAGAGGAAGAAGAGGAACUGUGGGAGCAGCUUCCAAGGUUGGAGGAGGUUAAUGACGAAGAUGAUAUAAAGUCAGAACCAGACAGCAUCUUUGCUCCACUGUCAGACAUGGACCACAUGAUGUCAGACUCUUCUGAUCACAGUGACCACAUCCAAAAACCUUUGAAGAGUAAAAAUGACUCUGAAGGUGAUACGAGACAUCAAAAUAACAGCAAACACUUUGACUGCUCUGAAUGUGAAAAAUCUUUUAGACAUAAGAGUAAUUUUACAGUACACAUGAGAACACAUACUGGAGAGAAACCUUAUACUUGCCCUGUUUGUAAGAAGAGUUUCUCCAGAAAGCAAUACAUGACCACACACAUGACAAUACAUACUGGAGAGAAACCUUUUACUUGCUCUGUUUGUAAGAAGAGUUUCCCCAGAAAGAAUGACAUGACCACACACAUGAGAACACAUACUGGAGAGAAACCUUUUGCUUGCUCAAUUUGUGCUAAAAGAUUCAACGCUAAGAGUAUCAUGACAUUACACAUGAAAAUACACACAGGUGAGAAACCUUUCACUUGCUCUGUCUGUAAGAAGAGCUUCAUCAGAAAGCAUCACAUGACCACACACAUGAGAACACACACUGGAGAGAAACCUUUUACUUGCUCUGUCUGUAAGAAGAGUUUCUCCAUGAAGCCUGACAUGACCACACACAUGAGAAUACAUACUGGAGAAAAACCUUUUACUUGCUCUGUUUGUAAGAAGAGUUUCUCCACAAAGCGUAACAUGACCACACACAUGAGAACACACACUGGAGAGAAACCUUUUAUUUGCUCUGUUUGUAAGAAGAGUUUCUCCAGAUGGCAACACAUGACCACACACAUGAGGACACACACUGGUGAGAAACCUUUUCCUUGCUCUGUUUGUAAGAAGAGUUUCUCCAUGAAGCCUGACAUGACCACACACAUGAGAAUACAUACUGGGGAGAAACCUUUUACUUGCCCUGUUUGUAAGAAGAGUUUCUCCAGAAAGCAAUGUGUGACCAAACACAUGAGAACACACAAUGGAGAGAAACCGUUUGUGUGAUAAAACAAUCAGGUUUAAGUAUCAGGUCAGUAAACACAAGUGUGUAACAGUCAUGGAAGCUGCAGGGAUUUAAAAACACUUAGUGAUUGUGCUAAAUGUACUUUAAAAACACAGCAUGUUUAAUAUGAACGUAUAUUUUAUGUUGAAUGUUGUGCUUCUCAUCUUCUACUCUUAUAUGUUGUCCUGGAAUGACUUUUUAAGUUGUGUGCAUUUAUUGAAUAUUAUAUAUGUUGCUAAAUUUUUAUUCUAUUUUCCCAUUGUUAAAGAGAGGUCAUCUUAAU